ACCGAACCGAUUCCACUAAGUAAGCCAGUUCCACAUAGACGGUCGUCGGCGUAGGAUCUUUCCGGGCAGUUUCUGAAAAUGUGGCGAUUUCUCACGGGUGGCGGUGGCGGCCCGCCUAAAAGGCCCAAACUCGAUGGCGAAAAGGACAAAGCUGCUGCAGCAGGACAAAAUCGUGAUGAGGGAAAGCAAGAAGGACAAAGUCGCGCCAAUGUGUCCCAGCAGCAGCUGGCCUAUAGCUCGUCGACACUCGAAUCGGUCUCUGCACAACUUGGAAGCAGGCAAAGAGAUCAAGAACUGCUUGCCAGUUACCCAGAAGUACAAGCAGCCGCGAGCCGCCCGAGCCAGGUUGUGGUGUCAAGCCUUGGAAAUUAUGAGCAGAGAGUUGGCACAAAGCAUGAUGAGCAUAGAGGCGCUGGUCAGUUUAACACCCAUGCUAAUGCUCACUACUUGUGGCAGUUGCAAGGACAAAAUCGUGAUGAGGGAAAGCAAGAAGGACAAAGUCGCGCCAAUGUGUCCCAGCAGCAGCUGGCCUAUAGCUCGUCGACACUCGAAUCGGUCUCUGCACAACUUGGAAGCAGGCAAAGAGAUCAAGAACUGCUUGCCAGUUACCCAGAAGUACAAGCAGCCGCGAGCCGCCCGAGCCAGGUUGUGGUGUCAAGCCUUGGAAAUUAUGAGCAGAGAGUUGGCACAAAGCAUGAUGAGCAUAGAGGCGCUGGUCAGUUUAACACCCAUGCUAAUGCUCACUACUUGUGGCAGUUGCAAGGACAAAAUCGUGAUGAGGGAAUGCAAGAAGGACAAAGUCGCGCCAAUGUGUCCCAGCAGCAGCUGGCCUAUAGCUCGUCGACACUCGAAUCGGUCUCUGCACAACUUGGAAGGCAAAGAGAUCAAGAACUGCUUGCCAGUUACCCAGAAGUACAAGCAGCCGCGAGCCGCCCGAGCCAGGUUGUGGUGUCAAGCCUUGGAAAUUAUGAGCAGAGAGUUGGCACAAAGCAUGAUGAGCACAGAGGCGCUGGUCAGUUUAACACCCAUGCUAAUGCUCACUACUUGUGGCAGUUGCAAGGACAAAAUCGUGAUGAGGGAAUGCAAGAAGGACAAAGUCGCGCCAAUGUGUCCCAGCAGCAGCUGGCCUAUAGCUCGUCGACACUCGAAUCGGUCUCUGCACAACUUGGAAGGCAAAGAGAUCAAGGACUGCUUGCCAGUUACCCUGAAGUACAAGCAGCCGCGAGCCGCCCGAGCCAGGUUGUGGUGUCAAGCCUUGGAAAUUAUGAGCAGAGAGUUGGCACAAAGCAUGAUGAGCACAGAGGCGCUGGUCAGUUUAACACCCAUGCUAAUGCUCACUACUUGAGGCAGCUGCAAGGACAAAAUCGUGAUGAGGGAAAGCAAGAAGGACAAAGUCGCGCCAAUGUGUCCCAGCAGCAGCUGGCCUAUAGCUCGUCGACACUCGAAUCGGUCUCUGCACAACUUGGAAGGCAAAGAGAUCAAGAACUGCUUGCCAGUUACCCAGAAGUACAAGCAGCCGCGAGCCGCCCGAGCCAGGUUGUGGUGUCAAGCCUUGGAAAUUAUGAGCAGAGAGUUGGCACAAAGCAUGAUGAGCACAGAGGCGCUGGUCAGUUUAAUGCUCACUACUUGAGGCAGUUGCAAGUUCCUCCAUCAGGUCUGCAGGCUGUGAAAGAAGCUGCCUCUUCACUUCAGAUGAAACCAGUGGAUGGACACCUGCAGCACAGAAAGUACAUCAAAGUGGCGAAACUCAGUGAUGCAUUGAGAGACAAAAUUUUGAAUCAGUCGAUUCCCCCGGAGGAUUUUGCCGAUCUGGGUGUUGCUGACUUGAACCAAAUUCUUCAAGCCAAUGACGAGAGGCCACCCAGGAAUGCCACCAAGGCAGUCCUCCAGAAACAGGUCAUCAAGCUGCUGAGGAGCUCGAUCAGAGAGCCGCAGUUCAAGGACUACAGACUAUGCCUUCUGUGCAAUCUUGAACAUGCACAGAUGCGCCACCAGAUUUGCUUUCAUGCGUUUGCAUGUAGAAGCUGUUGGGACAAAAAGCAAGGACAGCUGAUCAUGUGCCCGAUUUGCUUUCAGAACAUGAAGGUCGAGGACGUCGACGAGAUCUUCUACAAGAGGGUUUUGUCCUGAAACGGCACAUGGCAGUGUUUAAAUAAAAUUC